AUGUUAACCCCGACCCGCCUCCUCCGCGCAUCAUGGUCCACGACGCUCAAACUCCCCAAAUCCGCCUUUCCCCCGCGCCCCGCCGACCCCAAGACCUUCCUCCCUCGCUGCACCGACGAGCUCUACGCGUGGCAGGCGACCCAUAGACCUGCUGCGAACGUCUUCGUGCUGCACGAUGGGCCGCCAUAUGCGAAUGGUGACUUGCACGUUGGCCAUGCGCUGAACAAGAUCCUGAAGGAUAUCAUCUGCCGCUUUCAACUGGGCCAGGGGAAGAGGGUGCAGUAUAUCCCCGGCUGGGACUGCCAUGGGCUGCCGAUUGAGAUCAAGGCGCUGCAGGCGCUGCAGCUGCGGGGGGAGGGCGACCAUGAGAAGAUUGGGGCCGUGGAGGUGAGGAAGGCGGCGAGGAGGCUGGCGGAGGAGACGAUCGAGAGGCAGAAGAAGGGGUUCAAGGAGUGGGCGGUUAUGGGAGAUUGGGACAAUGCGUAUAGGACGAUGGAGAAGGGGUUUGAGACGAGCCAGUUGAGGGUUUGGAAGGGCAUGGUUGAGAAGGGCCUCAUCUACCGGCAGUAUAAGCCUGUGUAUUGGAGCCCUAGCUCUGGCACCGCGCUCGCUGAAGCUGAGCUCGAAUACGACGACAACCACCGAUCUACUGCGGCUUUUGUCAGAUUUCCUCUUAUCACACUAGCCGGUCCCCUGGCUUCUUUGCCAGGAGUAAAGCCGGACGCCAUCAGCGCGGUCAUCUGGACGACCACUCCGUGGACCCUCCCGGCCAACAAUGCGAUCGCCGUCCAUGCUGAUCUCGAUUACUGCGUUGUUGAGCUGCCCAGUAAUCAUCAGCUCAUUGUAGCUCAAUCUCGUCUGAAUCACGUCCUUACAUUUCUCAACCUCGAGCUCAAGUCUGUUAAAGUCGUUGCUCCCUGUAGAGGCUCAGACUUGCUAGGAUCAGAGUACACCAACAUUCUGCAGCAUUCCGAUUCUGAACCAGCCCAAACGCAGCCCAUUCUACAAGCAGAUUUCGUCUCCGCUGACUCUGGAACUGGGCUUGUCCAUAUGGCUGCAGGUCACGGCAUGGACGACUAUAACGUCUGUAUGAAGCUUGGUAUCCCCGCGUUCGCGCCGGUCGAUGAUCAGGGACGAUUUACCUUGCUGGCGUUGCCAGCGCAGCCUGGGUUCUUGGCUGGAAAGGCUGUGCAGAAGGAGGGAACGGAUGCGGUCCUUGAGUGGCUUGACAAACUCAACAGCCAGUCUGGAGACGGUCAGCUCCCCCUUGUACUCGCGACUCACGAGAUCAGGCACAAGUAUCCGAUCGAUUGGCGCACAAAACAGCCCGUCAUCAUCCGCGCGACCGAGCAGUGGUUUGCAGAUGUAGAUGAGAUUAAAGCCGGUGCUCUGGAAUCACUCGAGGACGUUACGUUUAUCCCGGAAACCGGUCAUACACGGCUCUCCAGCUUCGUUCGGGGGCGCAGCCAGUGGUGUGUUUCGAGACAGCGAGCUUGGGGUGUUCCGGUUCCUGCACUUUAUCGGAAAACAGAAGACGGACUGCAAGCCGUUAUGACGAGCGGGACUAUUGAAUAUAUCAUGAAGGUCAUCGAUGACCGAGGUAUCGAUGCUUGGUGGACAGACGCCGAAGAUGACGCUGCUUGGGUUGCUCCGGAGCUGGAAGCCGGUACCUAUGUUCGGGGCAAGGACACAAUGGACGUGUGGUUCGACAGCGGCACCACCUGGACGCUGCUGGAAGAUCGAGCUGCGCAAGGCUUGCCCGUUGCAGAUGUCUACCUAGAAGGAACGGACCAGCACCGCGGUUGGUUCCAGUCAUCGCUGCUCACGUACAUUGCGCAUCAGAGCGCACAGAUCCUAGACGCGAAGCACCCUCUUACCUCCGCUCUGAAGCAUCCCAUGAAGGCUCCCUACAAGACUCUCAUCACCCACGGUUUUGCCCUCGAUGCCGAAGGCCGCAAGAUGAGCAAGUCCCUCGGCAAUGUCGUGUCUCCUGCACAAAUCAUGGACGGCUCGUUGCUGCCGCCUGUUAGCCGCAAGAAGAAGAAACAGAAGGGGCAGGAGAAGGCGGCAGCGUCAAGUGCAACGCCGUCGUAUGAUGCUAUGGGUGCAGAUGCGCUCAGGUUGUGGGUCGCGAGCAGUGAUUAUACAAGGGACGUCGUUAUUGGGCAACCGGUGCUUCAGUCGAUCAACACGAGCUUGCAUAAAUAUCGCGUUACUUUCAAGUGGCUACUGGGUGUGUUGAAUGACUAUGAUCCUAGCAAGGCCGACUCAAAAGCAUCCUCCUCCACCGACCUAGCCGACCGCAUCGCCUCGCACCAGCUCUCCCUCACUUCAGCCGCUGUGCACCGCUCCUACCAGUCCUACGACUUCUUCAAGGGCGUGUAUGCAGUGAACAGAUACAUCACGACCGACCUCUCUGCCUUCUACUUCGAGCCCCUCAAAGACCGCCUCUACGCCGGCAGCGCCUCGACCCGACUAGCUGCCCAAGCGGCCCUGUACAAAAUCUUCAACGAGCUGCUCCACAUGCUUGCGCCUGUCACGCCCCUUCUGGUAGAAGAAGUGUGGGCACACUGCCCUCCGAACCUGAAAGAAGGACGUGAAGGACCGGGCAAGGAUGUGUGGGCGCCGUUUGCGGCGCCCAGUAUGGCGGAUGAGACGCAGCGAAGGGACAUGGAAACGACGAUUGCCUUCAUCACAGCAGCGUUUACGGCUGUCAAAUCUGCGCAGGAAAUCGCCCGCGAGGAGAAAUUGAUGGGUGGAGGACUGGAAUGUGGCUUUACUCUCUACGUUCCUCCUACUGGCAUCCCCUCCGUCGAGCAACUGCUCAACAACAGCAUGGAAGAGGAGCUGGCGAGUCUGUUCGUCGUUAGCGAUGUCAAGAUUGUCCGGUCUCAUGAACCAGAGCAAGAAGAGUCUGGCGGUGCGUGGAGUUUUCGAGAGACCUUCGAGGUUGAGCUUGAGGAGGGGACGGAGAAAACGAAGGUCACGGGCGCGGUGGUCGUCACGCCUGCGGAAGGCAAGAAAUGUCCACGCUGCUGGAGGUUUGUGGCGCCGGAGCCGGAGACGCUAUGUGGACGAUGUGAGGGAGUGGUGAAGGAACAGGGUUGA